AUGAGCCCCGAGCGGUUGGCAAACUCCUCUGGGCCUGAGAAUGGUACACAUGACAUUCUGCCUAGAGAUCAACAACAAAAGACUGCCACCUACGACUAUGCCUUUGAGAAGUCCAUGAGCCACGCUGAGGCGAAGCUCUUCUAUCAGCACCACCAGCUCGCGUCGCGAAACGCCGACAAUACCUUGUCUUCAAACUCGAUGCCAGCGGCGCGCUCUGGUGGUGAAAUGGAAUUGCCGGGCUACGCCUCAGAUUCCAGUCCUCAGAUGACCACGAAGGGCGCCACCUCUCAGGAGGGUUCAACGCUUGAGUCAGACCCAUCAACUUUGCAUUUACGAUCUCUGAACGGAAACAAUGCUUUCUUAGCGCCCCCUGUUGAGGUUGUUCAAGAUGCAAGUCAUUCUGCCCAAGGUCAGGCCGUGCCUCUCCGGGCCGCUCAUGGACAGGGACCGUACUUGUCGACACCCGAGGAACUACAGAGUGCCAGUAUGGGAAAUGGUAUGGCCCAGGGUGCCAAUGGUUUUCCAUCUGGCAGCGAUGCCGUCACCUCCGAGUUGAGUGCCAUCUACCGCAAGAUCAAAAAUCUUCUGGACCGACGAUCGACGUACCUGGAGCUGUCAGUCCAGAAACCCGGUGACGAUCCAAGGGACCAUCCCGAGUGGGACAUCUACCCCCCUCCUCCAGAACCGGCUUGGGAUGAUGGCAAGGAAUAUCAGCCCGGCACGGUUGGUGGCCCAUCUGAUCUCGCGGGAAAGAAGAGGAAGAUGGGGCAAGACAUUGGGGAAGAUUUUGACAUGACCGAACUGAUGCCUCUUCCUGAAGAAUCCUCCUGGACGUAUCGGCUGGAUGGCAGUAGUGUAUUUCAGGUCUUUGAUUCAGAGACUGCUGCCAACAACCAGGAGCCCAUCGUCCGAAUCCCUUCCCUGCGCGAUUUCUAUAUGGACUUGGAUGCGGUGGUGGAUUUGUCGACCGACGGGCCUGCAAAGAGCUUUGCCUUCAAACGCUUGUCGUACCUGGAAGGCAAGUUUCAAUUGUACACCUUGUUGAACGAAUACCAGGAGAUUGCCGACAGCAAGAAAGUGCCUCACCGAGACUUUUACAAUGUGCGCAAAGUGGACACCCACGUCCACCACUCGGCCUGCAUGAACCAAAAACAUCUUCUUCGCUUUAUCAAAAGCAAAAUGAGAAAAUCUCCUGACGAAGUGGUUCUCUUUCGAGAUGGAAAACAUUUAACCUUGCGAGAGGUUUUCGAGAGUAUCAACCUCACUGCUUAUGAUCUCAGCAUCGAUACAUUGGACAUGCACGCACACACCGAUUCUUUCCAUCGAUUCGACAAGUUCAAUCUCAAAUAUAACCCGGUUGGGGAGUCCCGGCUUCGAGAAAUCUUUCUGAAAACAGACAAUUAUAUCAAAGGUCGCUACCUGGCCGAAAUCACCAAGGAAGUCAUCUCGGACUUAGAAUCUAGCAAGUACCAAAUGGUCGAGUGGCGGAUUUCCAUCUACGGACGGUCCAUCCAAGAAUGGGACAAACUGGCGGCUUGGGUAGUGGACAACAAGCUGUUCUCCCCCAAUGUGCGCUGGCUCAUCCAGGUUCCGCGUCUAUACGAUGUGUACAAAUCUAGCGGCAUGAUGGAGAACUUUGAGCAGGUGAUUACGAAUGUGUUCCAGCCCUUGUUUGAGGUGACCAAGGACCCGUCCAGUCAUCCCAAACUCCACGUAUUCCUACAGCGGGUGGUUGGCUUCGAUAGUGUCGACGAUGAGAGCAAGACCGAACGCCGGUUCUACAGAAAAUACCCCAUCCCACGAGAAUGGGAUACCAAGCAAAACCCGCCCUACAGCUAUUGGGUUUAUUUCAUGUUCGCCAACAUUGCCUCUCUCAACAACUGGCGCAAACGUCGUGGCUUCAACACAUUUGUCCUUCGUCCCCAUUGCGGCGAAGCAGGGGAUCCAGAUCACUUGGCCGUGGGCUUCCUCUGCUGCCAUAGCAUCAGCCAUGGCAUUUUGCUGCGCAAAGUACCUCUACUGCAGUAUCUGUAUUACCUGGAUCAAAUUGGGCUUGCCAUGUCGCCCCUGAGUAACAAUGCGUUGUUUCUCACCUAUGAUAAAAAUCCAUGCGCCAGUUUCUUCAAACGAGGGCUCAAUGUCUCGCUGUCAACUGACGACCCGUUGCAAUUUGCCUUCACCAAAGAGCCCCUGAUCGAGGAGUACUCGGUGGCCGCGCAGAUCUACAAAUUCAGUGCGGUGGACAUGUGUGAGUUGGCCAAGCAUUCCGUCGAUCAAAGCGGAUUUGAGCUGUCCUUGAAACAGAGAUGGCUUGGACCGAACUGCCCCCUGCGAGGGGUUGCCGGCAAUAAUGUGGCGAAGAGCAAUGUGCCAGACAUUCGUGAGGCAUUCCGACAUGAGACACUAUUGGGAGAAUUGGCCUUGAUCGAGCGGUACACUGGCAGCAGCGCUACCGACGAGAAGAACGGCUUGGCCCCGGGCUUACUUCACACAGCAAAGCAAGCCGCUAGGAAGCCAAGGAGUACAACUUCCAUGAAUCAUGCUCUCCCCGAGCCAGCUCUUCAACAAUCAUCGGUCUCUUGGCAUCAAAGACCAAAUGCCGUGUCAGCCGAUGAUGAGCAGACUUCUCAACCCAAAUCGCAAGCUACAAGUCGGGUGGCCGCCACGAAUCCCAGUGCACCCUCGGCACAAAAUGCUCGAUCUCCUCAUCUUGCAGCCGGCGAGUUCUCUUCACCUUCCGGCAGUAAUACGACUCUUGGGGCAGAUGUUACAGGCCCGGGUGGCUUGCCAGAGCAAAAGAUCUUCCCGGGCAUAGUUCAUGAGAGAGUUCGAAAAGGCAGUACACUGUCUCAGCUGUCUAGAGAAGAGCCUGAUCAUGAAGCACAGCUUUAG